CCUGAAUCCGUAACUUGUUGGUUAUUUGAUUACUGGUGCUAGGCGAUUUAAAUUUUGAAUCGCAGUGACAAACUUAUUGAAAUCAUCUCUGCUGUUGCUGCUGUGCUUCUGCUGCUGUAUACUCAACGAUCCCGGCCGCCAUCUUUUUUUCUUCUCGAUUGAUUCACGGGCCUACAUUUACAGCGAGCGGGAAAUUUGAAAACACAAAUCUCGGCCGUUGGGUAUUUUAUUUAGACAUUUGCACAUUUUGUGUGUUUGAGUGGUGAGCGAAGGAGACUAUCCGACAUGAUGUACGCGACGGACAGCAAGGAGAGCAUCCACCAUCACCACCACUCCUCGCCGGGCAGCGGGAGCAGCGGAGGAAAUGGCGGCGGUGGCAACAACAGCAGCAACAACAAGCCCAUCAUCACGUCGGCGGCUGCGGCGGCUGCUGCAGCGGCGGCCGCAGCGGCCGCCGCCGUCGUCAACGCCGGCAACUCGUCCUGCUACGCUUCCGCCGCCGGACGCUUCUCGCCAACUUCCUACCGGACGUCCGCCGCCGAGUCCAUGAGACGCUGCAUGACCAACUCACAGAGCCGAGACUAUGGGGGAGGAUUCCUUUACGGCCAGCCGGAAUUGUUUGGCAGUCUGGGCGACGGGCUGCUGGCCGCCAGGUCAGAGGCCUUGUCGGUGGUGGCGGCCGCUUCGUCCGGCGGCGGAGGCGGAAGCGAGUCACUCAAACCGCUGCGCAAUCAUCACGACGGAAGUGGAUUCUUACACGGACACGUCCCGUCGUCCGUCUCCGUCACGGCCACCAUCCAGUCAGCCCAAAACGGCCGCCAACAUCAGAUGGUCCAUCCAUCGCUGGAUACGAUGGAGAUGAUGGAAGCCUUGUCGGUCAGCACUUCCGUCGGCGGAUCGUUGACGUCCAUGUCGUCGGAUCAGAACGGAAUGUCCUCGUCCGGCAACGGCGGACUGGGCCACCAGCACAAUCCGUUCGGCAACGGCGGCAACGGCGGAUCCGGAAGCGGCGGCCACCACCACUCGCAUCACAAUUCCGGCGGCGGAGUCUCCAUGUCCAACCACCCGGGCCUCCACGGCAUGUACAGUCACGCGGCCAUGGCCAGCAACGCCAUGAUGGCCUCGCACAGUCACCACCACCAUCACGCGGCUGCUGCGGCCGCUGCGGCCGCCGCAGCCGCCGCCGGCCUGUCCGGCCACCACCACCAGCACGGCCAUCCGCACGGCCACCCUCACCCUCACAUGUCGAUGGGUCCGCAUCACGCUCACGCGGCCGCCGCCCACGCCCACCAGCUCCACCAGCACAGCAACGGCGGGUCCGGCAACGGAAUGGGCGGCAUGGCCGGCAUGGCCGGCAUCCCUCUGGGCAUCCACGACACGGAUUCUGAUCCUCGCGAGCUGGAGGCCUUCGCCGAGCGCUUCAAGCAGCGACGCAUCAAACUGGGCGUGACCCAGGCCGACGUCGGCAAGGCCCUGGCCAAUCUCCGCUUGCCCGGCGUCGGCGCCUUGUCCCAGAGCACAAUCUGCAGGUUUGAAUCGUUGACAUUGUCGCACAACAAUAUGAUCGCCCUGAAGCCGAUCCUCCACGCCUGGCUGGAGGAAGCCGAAGCGCAGACGAGGAACAAGCGCCGGGAUCCGGAAGCGCCGUCCGUCCUUCCGGCCGGCGAAAAGAAGCGCAAGAGGACGUCGAUCGCAGCGCCGGAGAAGCGAUCGCUCGAGGCCUAUUUCGCCGUCCAGCCGCGCCCCUCGGGCGAGAAAAUCGCCGCCAUUGCCGAGAAACUCGACCUCAAAAAGAACGUCGUCCGCGUCUGGUUCUGCAACCAGCGCCAGAAGCAGAAGCGCAUGAAAUUCGCCGCUCAACAAUCCUGUUGAACA